CCUUCAACCAGCACAGCUCAGGUGAGGCUGUCCAGGAUGCCAUACGCACUGCGACCCAGCGCAUGGGUGACACUAACACCGGCCUGGCACUUGCAUAUGCCAAGGAGCAGCUGUUUGCUGAGGCGGUGGGUGCCCGGCCAGCGGUGCCCAAGGUGCUGGUGUGGGUCACAGAUGGAGGCUCCAGCGACCCCGUGGGGCCUCCCAUGCAGGAACUCAAGGACUUGGGCGUCACUGUCUUCAUUGUCAGCACGGGCCGUGGCAACCUCCUGGAGCUGUCGGACGCCGCCUCGGCCCCUGCUGAGAAGCACCUGCACUUUGUGGAUGUGGAUGACCUGCACAUCAUCACCCAAGAGCUGAGGGGCUCCAUUCUCGAGGCCAUGCAGCAGCUCCGUGCCUACGAGAUCACCUCCAGCAGCAUCCACCUGGCCUGGCCGCCCCUGCUGACCACCAACUCGGGCUACUACGUACUGGAGCUCGUGCCCAGCACCAAACAGGGGGCCGUGAGACACCAGCAGCUUCCGGGGAACGCCACAAACUGGACCUGGGCCGGCCUCGAUCCGGACACGGACUACGACGUGGCGCUGGUGCCCGAGUCCAACGAGCGCCUUCUGCGGCCCUUGCACCUGCGAGUGCACACGCUGCCAGGCCACGCGAAGGAUGCACUGAGUCUUGCACAGAUGCAGGAGCAGACGCUGCAGAUGGAGCAACAAGCCAAGCUCAAAGAAUACGAGGCCGCUGUGGAGCAGCUGAAGAGUGAGCAGAUCCGAGUGCAGGCUGAGGAAAGGAGGAAGACCUUGAGCGAGGAGACGCGGCAGCACCAGGCUAGGGCCCAGUACCAGGACAAGCUGGCCCGGCAGCGCUACGAGGAUCAGCUGAAGCAGCAGCAACUUAUCAAUGAGGAGAAUCUGCGGAAGCAGGAGGAAUCUGUGCAGAAGCAGGAGGCCAUGCGGCGAGCCACCGUGGAGCGGGAGAUGGAGCUGCGGCAUAAGAAUGAGAUGCUGCGGGUUGAGGCUGAGGCACGUGCCCGGGCCAAGGCCGAGCGGGAAAACGCGGACAUUAUCCGUGAGCAGAUCCGCCUGAAGGCUGCUGAGAACCGCCAGACCAUCCUGGAGUCCAUCAGGACAGCUGGUGCCCUGUUUGGGGAAGGAUUCCGUGCCUUUGUGACAGACUGGGACAAGGUGACAGCCACAGUGGCUGGACUGACACUGCUGGCCGUUGGGGUUUAUUCCGCCAAGAAUGCCACGGCUGUUGCGGGCCGUCAUAUCGAGGCCCGACUGGGGAAGCCGUCGCUGGUGCGGGAGACAUCCCGCAUCACGGUCCUGGAGGCAUUGAGACACCCCAUCCAGCCCAGCCUGGAGGCACGGGUGCGCGACAUCGCGAUAGCCACGAGGAACACCAAGAAGAACAAGAGCCUGUACCGGAACAUUCUGAUGUAUGGGCCACCGGGCACUGGCAAGACGCUGUUUGCCAAGAAACUCGCCCUGCACUCGGGCAUGGACUACGCCAUCAUGACGGGUGGGGACGUAGCCCCCAUGGGGCGGGAAGGCGUGACUGCCAUGCACAAGGUCUUCGACUGGGCCAACACCAGCCGGCGAGGCCUCCUGCUCUUUGUGGAUGAAGCCGACGCCUUCCUCAGGAAGCGAGCGACCGAGAAGAUCAGUGAAGACCUCAGGGCCACCCUGAACGCCUUCUUACACAGGACCGGCCAGCACAGCAGCAAGUUUAUGCUAGUCCUGGCCAGCAACCAGCCCGAGCAGUUCGACUGGGCCAUCAACGACCGCAUCGACGAGAUGGUCAGCUUCGACCUGCCACGGCGGGAGGAGCGGGAGCGCCUGGUGAGAAUGUAUUUUGACAAGUAUGUCCUUAAGCCGGCCACAGAAGGAAAGCAGCGCUUGAAGCUGGCCCAGUUUGACUAUGGGAAGAAGUGCUCGGAGAUUGCUCAGCUGACAGAGGGCAUGUCGGGCCGGGAGAUCUCCCAGCUUGCCGUGGCGUGGCAGGCCAUGGCGUACGCAUCCGAGGACGGCGUCCUCACCGAGGCCAUGGUGGACACCCGCGUGCAGGAUGCCAUCGAGCAGCACCAGCAGAAGAUGCGCUGGCUGACAGUGCAGGGACCCAGGCCCGGGGGAGGCCAGUCCCCGUUUCCCUGAGGCUGCAGCCAGACCGGGCAGGGUCUGGAUGCCUUGGACACACCGGCCAGGUGGCCUUUCUGGAAGGAAGUGCCGGCCACCACA